ACUUUCGAGCAACAUUUAAACCUGCUUGACCUUGAAGUGGGGUGGUAUAUUUUUCUGGUAUUUGCAACUUAUUAUCUGAAUUUUCCCGCCUUAAAUCUGAGUCAAAUACUUUUUGUCGAUAAGCGGCAAACCCAUAGUUUAUUUGACUUCGAUAAAGGUUGACAGACUUGUUUAUUACCCCUGAAAUUCGCUUCUGCUUCUACUAAGUCCAUUUUCUUCUCGUUUAUUGCCAAGAUUGUCCAGCUCUGUGGAUCAUUCGUAGCAGUAAAGAUAACUCAGGAUCAUACUUUCGCCACGUUGUAUUCUUUUCAAAAAGUCCUACGAAAUGCAUCUCUCUGAUAUUCUUGGAUUUUUUGGAAUCAAGGAACUUCUUUUUAGUUGUGUGACUUUUCUGCUUUCAAUGGUAACUGAUGUUUUUAAAGAAAAGGAAAACUCCCGCCAAAAGAUCUCUAAACAAUGUGCAUUGGAUGAGUUACGUGCAAUUCGCGAAGGUGGUCUUCGAGAAAAUGAAAGAGUUGUUGAUCUGUGGAAGUUGUCACUAAGCGAUUGUAUAAACAAAUUGGGUUAUGAAAAGUAUUCAAUUUUGGAACAGGUAUUCAUUGCUGCGCUAGAUGUAGGAGAUGAAGAUUUGGCUUGUGAGUGCCUCGAUCGUCUACUGGCGAAAUUUCGGAACAGUUCCCGCAUCAACCGCUUGUUUGGGAUGUAUUUAGAAAGUAAAGGAAAUUUUGAAGAUGCUCAGAAUAUAUAUGCUAAACUGAUAAAGGAUGACCCUACCAAUACAUUAGCGCGUAAACGAAUGAUUGCAAUUUUAAAAAGUCAACAAAGAAUACCUGAAGCAAUUAAUGAAUUACGGGAAUACUUAAAAAUAUUUAUGAGCGAUUUCGAGGCAUGGAAUGAGCUGGCUGAUCUUUAUCUUUCGGAAUGCGACUACAAACAUGCUGCAUUUUGUAUGGAAGAAAUGAUUCUGUCCAAUCCUUCGAAUCAUCUUUACUGUCAACGUUAUGCUGAAAUAAAAUACACUGAAGGUGGUACAGAAAACCUUGAAUUGGCACGAACCUAUUAUACUCAAGCUUGUCUAUUAUGUCCGAAUAACUUACGCAGUUUAUAUGGUUUGCUACUUACAUGUUCAGCUCUAGAUAAUCACCUACCAAAAUCAAUUGAAUUGUUUUCAUUGACAUCAGAUAGUAAACUUCAGAAUGAACCAUGUACAGUAAAUGCUUAUGGAAAUAUUGUUGAUGGAAAUCCUACAGUCAAUAAUAAUAACUGCCUUCAUCAAAAUAAUCAUAGUAGGCUGAAUACAAAUCAUCAGUUAUUGAUGAAACAACAACAGACUAGUGGUUUCAGUACUCUAUCAACAUCACUCUCGAAUAGUGAGAAGAAUAAACAAUUAGCUAAAUGGGCUGCUGCACAGAUUCGCUUGAUUUAUAUGGUAUGUGAUUCAAUGAAAUGUAUCGAUAACCAAUUCGCCAAUCUAAAUUCUGUAAUACCAUCGUCUUCUAUAACGCGUGUUCAAUCUCCGAAGGGCGUAGACCAAUAUUUACCCAAGAAAUACAUUCGACGUAAUCUUACUACUACUGCUAAUGGUAACAAUUAUAAUGCUAUAAGUCAUGUCAGUGACAACCAAGAUGAUGAUGCCAACAGUACUGAGGAGGAUGCAGAUAGUGAUUCUAGUGAUGUCGAUAGUUUUGAUGUGAAUAUAGACAGUGGUUCAACAGAUGAUACUGACUGUAAUCAAAAGGAUUGUGAUAAAAAAAAAAUAAAGUAACCGUGAAAUAGUUAUAUUAACACAAUCUAAAAAACAAAACAUCAUCACUUCAUCAUGUAUCAUAGUAAACAAGGAACCUAUUUUCAACAUAUAUCCAUGUAAUAUGUUAUAUUCACAAGUAGAGACUAAUCAAUAACUUUUUUAUCUUCUGAUCUCUUUAGUCAAAAUUAGACUCAAAACAAUUUAUUUGUCAGCUUGCCCUUUGUUUAUAAUUGUUUCUUCCUGUUCCUGAUAAGUGUGUAUUCCUCUGUUCCCAAUUUUUAUCUCUUUUUUUUCAUGCUGUAGUAAUGAUAGGAAAUGAGAAGCAUUCCGCUAAAAAAAUAUACAGAGUUGGAUAUUUCGUCACUUUGUUGACUAUUUUCCCUUCUCCUCUUUUUCUCUAUCUCUCUUUGAGUUAAUUACAAAGAGUGGUCUCUCUUGACUGAUAUGUUUGCUUUUGUGUAGUGUAGUGGUGUCAGUGUACCGAUGUGUUCGAGGAAAAGGUGAACGAGAAUACCCUUGACCAGUGUAUGUAUAUUGUAACAUUUAUACAAUUAUUCAUAUUUGUUUGAGCAUUCUCUCGUCUGUGUAAUGUAUUCAUACUUGAAUAAGUAGUGAUAAAUAUUUUCCAUGUCUCUCUCUUUCUCUCCUGUUCUCUGUGCAUCACUGUCUGUGUAGCAACUAGCCUUCCUCCCGUCAUUAUUUAUACCUGGUAUUUAUUUCUUAGAAUGUCACUUCUUCAACACACUUUUCCACUUGUGUUUUAUUGUCUUUGGAGUGUAUUCUCUACUCUUAUCUAACACUAAUCCCACUUUCCUUACCUAAUGACUAGCGUUCUACCUAUUGCCUAUCUUUCCACCUUUGCCGUGUAUACGAUAUACAUGUCUCUAAGGUAUGUGGUAACGUUCCUAUAUAUUGUUCAUAUAUAGAAAUGUUGUUUGUUCGUUUAUUGUUGGGUUUGUUCGCUCUCCCCCUCUUUUUUUUCCUCGUGUAUCGGUAUCCACUUCUUCCCUGAGAACCUAAUUCAUGGACGCUGAUCUCCACUUCUGUACUUGUGUUUGUGAGAAUAACCAAAGAUUAUUCUCAUGAUAUUUCAACUACAUAAUAAUGUGCACAUAUAUACACACAAUGUAUGCAUAGUUUUGUGUUCUUUCUAUUUUAAAAUGGAAUUACACUCGACCACAGUGCCCAAGUGUUACACUUAUAUUUUGUGUUCUUUAUUUGAUUUGUUUUAAUAAUGUUUCUUCUUUUCAAUGUGAUUUUUCUUUCAAAGGGGAAAAUAUAAACUUCUGUUGUAUCAUAUGUAUUUAACUACUUGUCAUGUGUAUUGUUGGACUAUUGAUGUACUGCUGGGCAGUAUUGUCAACUCAUAAUUCCCUAUGCAUUUAUCGAAUGACCAACCUAAAGCCAAUACUCCUUU